CAGCCACACUCAUCACGCCUGUUCCGGCUCUCGUGACCCCGUCGUGCAUCCACUAACCAAGGAGCGCAGAGAGGGCCCAGGAGUCUCUAGCGCUGCAGCAGCGACGACUCCUAACCCGCCAGAUUAUUCGGCCGAGCCACGGCCACUCCAACCUGCGCUGGCCCAGAGGAAAACACACUAACAGCUCUCAGUUGGCGCCGCAAGCCACGUGACACGUUUGGGUCAUGUGACCCUGAAACCUGGCGGCUGAAGUCUGUUACCCCGGCAACUGCUGGGCCCCGGUCGACCUCCGGAAAAGCGCGGAAUUCAGAGGCGAAGUGUUUCCAACAUUGUACAUACUUUGGAAUGUUUACUUUGGGAAGUGAAAAUUAUUGAUAAUGGCCCACUCUUCCAAAGAAGAGCUAGAUGAAGAGUUUGAACAGUUCAUGAAAGAGCUUUCAGAUGAUUCUUUUGAAAAUUCAAACAAAACGCCUAGAAAACCUAAAGAAGUGCAGAAGAAAGAUACAGUGCCAUGGUGGAUAACUGAAGAUGAAUUUGAUGAUGGUGGACUGCUGGGAACAAAUGUAAGCUAUUUGAAAACAAAGAAGACCCCUCAGCCUGUUAUGGAAAUUGAAGAGGAGUCUGCUGAAAGGAUUCAGUUUCUUAAAAGCAGUGGAACCUCUGUCCUAAGUAUUGACAGCUUAGAAGCCAAUGAGAUGGUUUCAGAGCUCAAUCAUAGUGUUCUUGGAUUGGGAUUGGACACAUUAGAAGAACAAGAGGAAAAAGAGCAGUUUUUUGCCAGGCUUGAGAAAGGCUUAACAUCUUCCAUUGAUUAUUCAAGAUUAAAUAAGGAAUUGGAUUCCAGUGACUCCAUACAUUUUAAAGCUUUACAUAGUAAUCAAGCUCUCAUGGAACUAACCGAAGAUAUGCAUGGGAGUGAAACAAAACAUGAAGAAUUAGCAGAAAAUUACAGUGACGAUUUUGAAGAUGAAGAGGAUGUUGAUGCACCUUUGACCCCUAAGGAAGAGACUUAUUCCAAAGAAAAUCCCAAAUCAGAAAAAAUAUGUGUACCCAAGCAGGAAGAAGAGAAGACUGGCAUGCUGGCUAAUGUGGUGCUGCUUGAUUCAUUGGAAUCUGUUACAGAGGUCAACUUUGAUGAACAGAACAGGGCAACAACCAAGCCAGAGGUCCUCCCAGAUAUGAAUGAUAAUGAAAUGACAGGAACAGGUGUUUCUUAUGGACAAAGCAAUAGUGACAUUGAAGCUCUGCAUCAGGCUUACUGUCAUAUAGCCCAUUCUUUGGGAGAUGCAGAUGAACAAAGAACUGAGAGUAAUGCAGUGGGAAGUAUCAAAAGCUCGGCAAAAGGGCAUCAAGAAAAUGAAGAGUCUUCUAAAAACAUCUCUACUACGGAAUCUGAUCUGCCCACCGUAGAAGAGCUGAUGAAACCUAUCAGAAUAGAUUCCUUUGGAGUCAGCGAUUUUGAUUUACAACCUGUCAGCUAUAAGAAAUUGACUGAGAAUAAAGAAACUGAAUUUAUUAGCCCUUUACCCCUGAAGAUGGGCCCACAUGUUACAUCUCAAGAACCACAAAACGUGAGCCAGUUUUUGGACAAAAAUGAAGAAAAUGUAGUUUUACAAAUGGCCACAGAUGAAGGUAUAGGAAACAACGGUGCAAGAGUAAAUACUGUGGAAGAACAAAUAGAUAAAAUGUAUCUUGAUAUCUUGAAGAAAAAAAUAUCUGUUGCUCCUUCGUUAUUACCUCAGGAUGACAAAAUAAACAAAACUUCUCAAUCUCAGGUCAGUUCUGGAGAAGAAGGGGCUGUAAUUGGUAGACAGCUGCCAUACAAGAAGGCCAGAAGUGCACCUCCUUUAUUUAAAAGAAAACCACAGAGUGGAUUAUAUGCAUCAGUUCGGAGCUCAGGCUACGGCAAACCCAGUUCACCAUGCAAGACAUUUUCUAACCUUGAAAAGAAAACCUCAAAGGACAUUAUGAAAAGCAAAAACUUGAGAUCCAUUCCUACCUCAAAUCAAGCUAGGAAAAAAGAAAUCUUAUCUGGAACAAAACUCAUCAAGUCUGCAGUUUUGGGUAAACCAUCUCCCCAAAUUGAAAGUUGUCUGGCUCCUCCUGAGAAAUCUGAAGGCCCCACAGAAUCUGAUUGCUGUGUUCAGUUUCAGAAUGAUUCUUCAGGAUAUCAUGGUGGGAACAAAGAGACAGAACUGAUUAUGUUUAGAAGAGUUCAGGAAGCAGAGGAAAAGUGGAGGGGUGCACAAGCCCUAAUUGAGCAAAUUAAGGUUACAUUCUCAGAAAAAGAGAGAGAACUGGAAAAUAAAAUGGAGGAACUAAAGAGACAACAGGAAAAGGAACUCUUCAGGUUGAAUCAAGACAAUUAUAUUCUUCAAGCCAAGUUAAGUAGCUUUGAAGAAGCAAACAAAAAGCAAAGGUGGUUGCAUUUUGGAGAAAUAACUGAUCCUGUCACUGAAGAAAAAUUGAAGCAAAUCCAAAAAGAAAUACAAGAACAAGAGACCCUUCUUCAGGGAUAUCAGCAGGAAAAUGAAAAAUUAUAUAAUCAAGUGAAAGAGCUCCAAGAACAAAACAAGAAAAAUAAGGAGCAAAUGUUCAAGGAAAACCAGAGUUUAUUCAGCGAGUUAGCUUCCUUAAAAGAACAGAUGCACAAAAAUCGUUUCCUGUCUCACGUAGUGGAAGAUUCGGAGCCCGCCAGAAACCAGAAUUUUACAGACCUGUUAGCAGAACUACGGGUGGCACAGAAAGAAAAAAACAGUUUAUUGGAGGACAUUAAAAGACUGAAGCAGGACAAACAAGCUCUUGAAGUAGACUUGGAAAAAAUGAAGAAAGAGAGAGACCAAGCCAAAGACCAGAUUGCUUAUGCCACAGGUGAAAAAUUAUAUGAAAUAAAAAUUUUAGAAGAAACACAUAAACAAGAAAUCAGUCGCCUGCAAAAAAGAUUACAGUGGUAUGCUGAAAAUCAGGAACUUCUGGAUAAAGAUGCAUUUCGGCUUAAAGAAGCAAAUGAAGAAAUCGAGAAACUGAAACUUGAGGUUGAGAAGCUAAAAGCUGAAUCUGGAAAUCCAUCUAUUCAGCAGAAGAUACGUUUAAAAGAAAAAGCAGCUGAUGCCAAAAAAAUUCAGGAUCUAGAACGACAAGUUAAGGAAAUGGAAGGAAUUCUCAAGAGACGAUACCCCAAUUCUUUACCUGCUUUAAUAUUGGCUGCAUCAGCAGCUGGUGAUACAGUGGAGAGAAAUACAGUGGAAUUUAUGGAAAAAAGGAUAAAAAAACUGGAAGCUGAUCUGGAGGGCAAAGAUGAAGAAGCAAAGAAAAGCCUCCGUACCAUGGAGCAGCAGUUUCAGAAAAUGAAGAUCCAGUAUGAACAGAGACUUGAGGAGCAGGAGCAGCUGCUUGCCUGCAGAUUAAAGGAGGCAGCCCAGAACCAACACGACAGCCCCUCCAGGGUGAAAGCACUAGAAAAGGAACUGGAGGAGGUUAAGGAAAGUCACCAAAGCACCGUGAGAAACCUUGAAGCCGAAAUAGAUGUUCUUAAACACCAGAACGCGGAGUUGGAACUCAAGAAAAAUGAUAAAGAUGAUAAAGACUUCCAGUCUAUAGAAUUCCAGGUGGAACAGGCUCAUUCAAAAGCUAAACUGGUCAGGCUCAAUGAGGAGCUGGCUGCAAAGGGGAGAGAGAUACAGGACCUUUCCAAAACUGUGGAGAGGCUUCAGAAGGAGAGGAGAAAGAUGCUCUCACAUCAGCACUGCAAGGCUGGAGAGGAAAUCACCACCAAAAGGCUGAAGAGAGAUGGUCUGCACCCAGGUAAAGGAGACGCGAACUCCGUCCCUGGAUCCCUGGAGGGCAGGCUUUACCAACCACGUGCUUUUACUGAUGCCCAUGUUUCAGAGGUUUUACAAGAAAACUGCAGAUUGAAAAAUGAACUGGAGAGAUUAACUGUGGAGAGGAAUGAGCUGAAGAUGAAAUCUGAAGUAGCAGUGAACCAAUUUGAAAAUUCCAUGAAAAGGUUCAAGGAAGAUACUGCAGCACAUAUCGCAUCUCUCAAAGCAUCUCAUCAGAGGGAAGUAGAGAAACUCCUUUGCCAAAAUGCAGUAGAAAAUGCUUCUUCCAAAGUAGCCGAACUAAAUCGUAAAGUAGCAACUCAAGAGGUACUUCUAAAACAUUUCGAAAAUCAAGUUAACGAACUGCAGGGUAAACAAGAGUCUCUUGUAGUUUCUCAAGUUCGAGAAGAAAUCCUGCAGAGAGAGGCUGAAUCCAUCCAAGAAGGUGCCCAACUUCAUUUUGAGCACUGCAACCAGCCUGGCAUAUGUGGAAGGGAGAAAGUAAUCCAUUCAUCUGGAACCUUUUGGAAUAUUACAAAACUCUUGGAGGAAUUGAGAGAAGCCAAAGAAAACCAUACACCAGAAAUGAAACAUUUUAUGGUCUUAGAAAAGAAAAUUAAACAGAUGGAAAUGAGACAUGAACAAAGAGAGCAGGAGCUUCAACAGAAGACCAGCUAGCAACUAUCCAUACACAGAACACAACUGUGAAAAAUCCCAGAAUACAGAUGUGAGGUUGAAGCACCCACUUAGACCACAGAGACAAGGAAGGACCUUGGAAGGAACAAACUCUGACAGCAUUUCCCCUCCCUAGACCGGCACAGCACUGCACAGGGAGAGGCUCUCUGGAGCCUUCCUGGGAGGAAGAGAGAAACCAGUAUCAACAUCCACCUCACCAACCCUUGUGGGUAGGUAGUUCCUAGGAGACCCACUCAGGUCUUGCCUCAUAGGUAAUUCAGGGAUAAUCUGUAGGAGAUCAGAUGGUGACAGAAAAGGGGGACAGGACAGGAUUUACAGCAAUCAGCUCUUGGCUCUUGGUAGACCAAGAUCCUCCUCAAAGUCAUGCCCAGGUAUUAAUACCAACCAGUGGCUGUGCCCAUCUGCAGAACCAAGAUGCUGACCCAGUAUGACCAAGGAACUUGGUGCACAGCUCUCUGAUUCAGGACUCUAAACAACAACCCUUAUUACCCUUGGAGCCAGUUCUGCCAGGGAAGCUCAUUUGUAUCCCCGCCUACUGAGUACAUCUUCCAGCUCUUCCAACCAGGAAACCUAACUAGAUACCCAGAAGCCAUGUAGCCCAUCUUAAAGCCUCAUUUACAGUGGCACUCGAGCCCAGACAGCAGCACUGCCUAUUUGCAGAGCUAAGCCACUGGCUUAGGAGCCCUGUCUGACCUGGGAAGUAGUCACAAUUUUGCCUGAUUCAGGUCCUCCAAAAAAGAGUCGUUCCCAUCUUGGACCCAUUCUGCUACCCUGCUAAUUCAUAGCACUAUCUACUGCUAAGUAUAGUACCUAGUUGAACCUUACUAUAAAGCCUGACCAGAAAUCUGGGCAACUGCAGAGCUUACCUUAUAGCCACACAUGGACAGGAAACCAAGCCACGAGUCCUAUCCACUUGUUCCAGCCAGUGACCUCAAAGCUCAGGCAGUGUCCUCACCCACACAGAGACCCUAAUAGCAAACUCUACCUGCCUAAGGACAAUGCCACCUGACCUGUCCAAAAUCCCAGCCGAGCUAAUGGACAAUGGACUGCCUCUGCCAAGGCAAACCUGUAAAGUCUAGAAAAGGUGUCCACUUUCUCUAAUGCUAUCAACACAACAGUGAUCACAAAAAAUCAGUUUAACAUCACACAACCAAAGGAAACCAGUUAAGCUCCAGUAACUGCUCGUAACAAAAUAGAGAUCUGUGGACUGUCCUGAGAAUUCAUAGAAGUUAAGUGAACUGUAGAAAUACACAGAAAGAACACCAAACAAAAUUAGAAAGACAAACAUGAGCAAAACAAGUUAAAGAAAUAUAAAUCAUCAAAAGAAAAAAGAAUCCUAAAGAAUAUGGCAGACUGAUGAAUUCAUUAGAUUGCUUCAACAGCAUACUCGACCAUACAGAAGAAAUCAGUGAGUUAGAAGAUAGGUCAUUUGAAAUUAUCCAAUCAGAGAAACCAAAAGAAGAAUGAAAAAUCACUUUUGUGGGAUUUAUGGGACACCAUCAGAAGAAAUAAUAUCAUCCUUAUGGAAAUCCCAGAAGGAGAAAUCAAGGAAAAAGGGGCAGAAAGUAUAUAUAAAGCAGUAAUGGCUAAAACUCCUAGGGAAAGAUACAGACAUUCAUAUUCAUGAAACCCAAAGGACUCUAAAUAGAUUGAACCCCCAAAAAAAGGCUAUACCGAAACAUUAUAAUUAAAUUGUAAAAAGUCAAAGACAAGUUACAGUUCAAGAAGGCAAUAUAAGAAGAUCCUGAACUUACCUCCUGCUAUGGACACACUAAAUCUACAGCAUAUGGAACAGUUUCCUCAGAACAGAAACUAGCUGAACAAGAAACAAAACCCACAUCGAUGUAAGUAGGAAAGGAUGAGACACAGUCUAACCAUAAACCUCACCCUCAAUCAAUAGCAAACUAAAAACCCCAACCUUCUCCUUGAAGGAAAAAAAGGAUUUGAGCUCCCAAGACCUUCAACAUUGAAAGCCAGUGGUUCUUGUGUCCACAAAGCUAUAGCAAAUUGAGAAGUAGCUUUUAAAGGGCUUUCACACACAUACUCACCUCAGGGCCCAGUGCAGGAGCAGCUGGCUGAAAAGCACACAGACUGUCUAUGAAAGAGGCUUAUUUGCCUAUCUUGAAACAUGUAGAGGUCUGCUGAAAUAUUCUUUGGGAAUGGAGGCCCAAGAAGCCAUGUUUGCACUCUCCUUUCUUACCUCACAAUAGCUUGCCAGAAUCUCCCAAAAAAAGAUCUUUUGGCACCCUAUUUUUAUACCUGCCUUCAGGGGACACCUCUAGGUUGCCUGGCUGUCAUGGCCAGUGAGGCUUAUGCUUCUGGUCCCAAGGGAUUUUAUAUAUAUAUAUAUAUAUAUAUAUACACACAUAUACAUAUAUAUAUAUA